UUUGGGAUUUAGGUAACAACCACGGCUGCGUAGAAACAUGCUUGCCUCACCAAAAUCAGUUGUCACACAGUCGGCGCGCUCGACGACAGCGCCUGCAAAUGCCUGUCUAAGGGGCGCAAAUCCGCCGCGCUAUAGGCGAUUGACGCACUAUAGGGCUAUAGCAGUAUCUGAGGGCUUAAGCGCGGAUGCCGUUGGGACAUCUUCAAGUGGGGACGGGCCUGUGGUAGAAGGAAAGGUUCCAUGGUAUAAAAAACCCUGCGCAUUCAAGGAGAUCGGUAGUUUGCAGGAGCUUGAAGCUGCUAUCUCCGCCUCAGGCAACGGUGGUCGCAUGUCUGUGGUGGACUUCUACGCAGGUUGGUGUGCCUGUUGCAAGAGCUCCUUCCCGGCCCUGUGCCGCAUCCCAACCAACGAGUUCCUGGCCCAGCACUUCAACUUUUACAAGGUCAACAUCGAGGACGCUGACAUGGCUUCCUUCAUCAAGGCCAAGGGCGUGCGUGGCAUCCCGCAUGUGCUGGUGUUUGACUCCGAUGGCAGCGACUUGAUCGGCAUGGGAGCCAGCUUCAAGAAGAUGGAAGUGCUGCGGAAGAACCUGGACUUCAUCGCGCGGGCAGAGGGGCCUCGGGACUUCGUGCUGGACCCCAAUGGGCUGGUCAGGAACCGGUGAUUGGAGGGUGGCGAGGCGAGGAUGGUGGUGAUGUGGAAGGAUGCAUGGGGAAAGGUGCAUGGGGAGCUACUAAUGGGGGCAGCGUGGGUUAAAGGAAAGGGCCACAAAGUGUGUUAGCAAUGCAGGACGCCGGCCUGCCGAAGAUUCGCAGUGGGUCCGUUGUUGCUGUUGCGAGGAAUGUGAGGGGGUGUGACGAAGAAGUGCAGAGAUGGCAAAAAGAGAUGAGAGAAGAACAGGUUGCAUGCUGCUGGAGACAGAAGAGCUGUGGUUGGGAGGCAUGGAGGUCGUUUGCACAGACGGAGGCAUGGGGCGGUUGGUUCAGGGCCCUUCUACCAUUCAUAUGCAGCAGGAUUGCCCCUGUUAUGUCGCCUUACACGGAUUGAAUGCGCAUUGGGACGUACAGGGAGUGCAGUGUAUGCGCUGCGAACAUCAUACAUGGUGAUUAGGAUCGUCCAAAAGGCACGCCGAUUAUGCAAAAACAAUUCUUUCGUUAUACUGCUUGAAGCUCAAGCCUACAUAUAUUCAUAUAUCAUGGAUGGAUGGUCGGAGAAGAAGCGAAGCAUGUUCCUGCUGGUUGUCUUUUUGUAGCGGUGUUGAUGGGGACGAGGAUGACGGAAGCGCCUGAGUGGUUCGCGCGCUUGAGACUUGCGGAGAGGUGUGCCGCACGGGAAUGGGGCAGGCAGCGGGAGGUUUGGAGCGGGAGGCACCGUGCGGUGCAAAGAGACAUGUCGGGGACGAGGCGCAUUUGGCAUGGGGCUCCGAGUGCACGCGUGUUCGCAGGGCUGUUGCAAAAGGCGUGUUUUGUGUGUAGGGUCUUAGGUUCAAAGGGUUUACCGCCUGUGUUGCGAUUGGUUGGCCGAUUACCUAGAAACACGGUCUCCAUACUAUGCUGCCGGUUCUUGGGGCGCAUGCUCUGAGGCGGUAUUGCUAGGGGGCCGCAGGGAAUGGGAUGUGUACUGCUAUAGUAACAUAAUGUACGAUCAUGGGAGCUGUGUUCUUUCGUCCCGCUUAUAUAUUGCUGGAGGCAGCGGAGAUUAUGGCUGCUGCUGCGGGUACUUCGACUUGUGCAUUAGACCUGUCCCGUCCUGGCCCCUUGGCGCAGGCAGGUUUGCUUGCU